GCCGAGGAAAGCUUUUGGGGUUGGGCUGCAUCUGCAGGAAUACUUUGCAGCUGGUUCUUUGGACCGACCUUACAUACCUCACCGACUCCCUAUUAUUUACAUUUCCAUUUCACACCAAUAAGACCACACACAAACCUCCAAAACCGCCAUCAUGUCUGUUCCCACCGACGCCAAGUCCGCCAGCGAUGAAACGACCGAUCUCAGCAAGCAAUACGACACGCCAUUGGGCCUCGCCCACACGACCAUGCAGGCCCUCAAGGACCGCAUCAAGCUGCACUACGACCUGGCCAGCGACUAUUACCUGAACCUGUGGGGCGAACAUAUCCAUCACGGCUACUGGCCCACUGCCACCUCUAAGGCAACCGACACGAAAGAGACGGCCCAGCUGAACCUGAUCCGCCUGCUGCUCUCCAUCUCGUCCCUUUCCAAAGAGUCCUCCCCAGACGACAACAGCAACACCACCACGGCACCACCCGCACCCGCAUCAGAGCAACCCCUCCGCAUCCUCGACGUAGGUUGCGGCAUAGGCGGCACCUCGCGCUACCUAGCCUCCCACCUAGGCGCCUCCGUGACGGGCAUCACCAUCUCGAGCAAGCAGGUGCAGAUCGCACGGCGGCUGAGCAAGGCCGCCGUCGCCGCCGUCUCGACCUCGUCGUCGGGAACCUCAUCAUCCGGUAUUGACGAGCAGCACGAGAGCUCAGCAAAGGAAGGCGAGUUCAUUCCCCUCGGCAGCAGCAGCGGGCAGGUGCGCUUCCUGGAGCUCGACGCCGAGAAGAUGGGCGAUUACUUCAGCGGGGACGGCGAGGAGCCAGCCGCGUUCGACGUGAUCUGGGUGAGCGAGGCGCUGUCGCACUUCCCGGACAAGGCGCGGUUCUUUCGGGAUGCGGCGCGCUUGCUUGAUGCGGGGAAGGGGAAGAAGGGCUCCGGGCGGUUGGUGGUGGCCGAUUGGUUCCGGGCCGAGGCGCUGGGGGAGGCGGAGUUUGAGAGGGAUAUCAAGCCUAUUGAGGAUGGCAUGCUUCUCCCGCCGCUGUGCACACAGCAAGAGUAUGUCGACAUGGCGAAGGCCGCAGGGUUGGAGCUGCUCGGCGGGCCGAAGGAUAUCAGUAAGGAUGUGAGCAAGACGUGGGACAUCUCGUGGUCGCUGGUGCAGAACCCCUCGCUGUGGGCGUUCGCCUUCAGCCAGGGCCGAGACGGCAUCGCCUUCUUGCAGGCCUUCCGCGCCAUGAGAAGGGGCUACGCGAACGGAAGCUUCCGGUAUGCUGUCAUGGCAUUGGCGAAGCCGUGAAGGACCGAUAUUUCGAAUACUCAAUGGGUAUUUCGUGGGAGAUCCCACAUUGCAUUUAUCUAGACAGUGAGCUAGCUUCCGGGGUUUGAAUAAACAAGACUCUGACAUAUCAACC